UCCCAUGUGUGAAGUCUUCAUCUUGUAUUCAUCAAGGUAAGAGUUUAAUCAUUACUUUUAUCACAUUUUUAACAAAUAAUGGGACUUUCCUGUUAAAUGAAGUGUUAAAAUCCUGCCCCGACAGGAUAUUUCACUCAUGGAAAAAAAAACAACAACUCUGCAGGCUCAUGCACUUCUCUGUCGAGGCUGAGCUGUCAAUAUCUUUAUAAUCUGCUGUCCAUCCACUCUGACACAUGUUGUGUCAAUUAAUCUGAUACUCAUGACGCUGAGCUGCAUGUUAACCACUCCGACUCUCCAUCCUCUUUACCAGAAGUCGUGCGGCCACGCCUCUGCCCCAGAUGUUCUCCUAAUUCACUGCUGGAGCGGCUGAUGGAGGGAGUGGUGGAUGGAGUGAUGGAUAGAUGGAGGGACCAGAGAGUUCAUACCUGCCAAGAGCUGGAGACUGCGGCGAGUACAGUAAUCUGAAUAACAGCUUUUACUGGCUGGAAUGUAUUGACCGGCUUCAGAUUUAGCAACUCAUUCCUAAAGCUUCCCUCCCCCCAUUGCCUCCCAGUAUCCCUCCUCUUCCUCCCUCCCCUCUUUCUCUCUGUCAUCCCCUGUUUUCAUCUGUGCAGUCAGUCUGCCUCCAGCUGAUGAGCGUAUUGGCAGCUGCAUCAUUCCACCCUGCUGAGUUAUUGGGAUUUCUUUGCUACUUUUUCCUGUGUUAUAUUGAAGCUGUCCCUGCAGCCAUACAUGCACCUCCAUGAGUGUGUGUGUGUUUGCUGUUACUGGACUGAUUGUUAUUGAUUGACUGUAUUAUUUUUUUUUUUAGUCUGUUGGAAGUCUUAUUUGCUCCACCUCCCAGGGCGUGGGAAGCCAGAGAGGAUGUUCUCGUCUUCAUCCAGAAACUCUCUGUUCUCGCCGUGGUCGUCCAUGGAGCAGUCGGACUCUGAAGCGUUGGACAUCAGCACCAAAGUGCAGCUGCAUGGCGUGCUGUGGAAGAGGCCCUUCGGACGGCCGUCGGCCAAGUGGUCCCGCAGAUUCUUCAUCAUCAAAGACAGCUUCUUGCUCUACUAUGCAGAGAGCGAGAAGAGAAACUUUGAGACCAACAGGUACUUCAACAUCCACCCCAAGGGAGUCAUUCCUUUGGGAGGAUGUGUGGUGUCAGCUAAUGAAAACAUGGGCAUGCCCCAUGGCAUCGUGGUCAACCUGGAAGACUUCACUGGCACCAUAGUCCUGGCUGCUGAGUCUGGAGAGGAGCACGUCCAGUGGAUGGAGAUGCUGCAGGAGUCGGGGAAAGUCACGUGGAAGAACGCCCAGCUGGGGGAGGCCAUGAUCGAGAGUCUGGAGGCUCAGGGGCUGCAGCUGGCCAAGGAGAAGCAGGAGUAUCUGGAUAAACUGAUGGAAGAGACUGAAGAGCUCAGUCAUCAAAGAGCACAGAGAGAGGAGCUGGAGCGUCUGAACCAGGUUCUGGAGGAGGAGAAGCUGAAGUUUGAGGAGGUGGUGGUGGAGCUGAAGGCGGAGCAGGAGCAUAUCAAACUAGACCUGGACGGCACAGCUCAGUCCCUGAGAGGUGUUGAGAGUGAAAAAGAAGAGCUGAGCAGUCUGACCAUCAUGCUGCAGAAAUCCAUCGAGGAGCUCUCUCAGGAGAAACAACGAACCCUGGAGCUGCUGGGGGUGAAGGAGCGGGGGGAGAAGGAGGAUGAGGCCACAGAGGAGAGCUCGGCUCAGUCUGAGGAUGGCAAGGACCCCGGUGCUGUGGACCUGCUGCAGGACCUGCGACACAUCGAGGAUCAAAUGAAGAUCCUGCUGAAGGAGAAGGAGCAGGCUGAGGACAAGCUCAGGGAGAACGAGCAGCGAGCUACAGUCCUGCAGCAGGAGAGGGAGUUCUACUCGUGUCAGGCCCGGACGCUGCAGCAGUCGCUCUCUCAGCUCACUGUAGACAAGCAGCAGACCGAGGCUGAGCUCAAGGUAACACAGCGUGACUCAGCUGCUCUCAGCUUACAUGACACAGCAACGCUCAAAGUCAGUUUAAAGGUCAGCGUAUUAAUCAGCUGCCAGGUUCAUUUUCCUUUCAGAUAUUGUUUCAGAGGAAAGAUUUUUAUAAAGAUAAAAGAGUGAAAGAGUCGACACAAGAUGAAGAGUCAGAUGAUGAAAACAUUUAUUACAACA